AUGUCGACCGCUGUCGAGAAGCUGACUGCCUCAGUCGAGGCCACCAAGGUCGACUAUAAGCGCCUCGGAAAGAGCGGUCUCCGCAUUUCGGUGCCGGUCCUCGGCGCCAUGUCGAUUGGCACUCCCGACUGGGCACCGUGGGUGCUCGGCGAAGAGGAUUCGCUGCCCAUUUUGAAGGCGGCAUACGACCGCGGCCUCAACACGUGGGACACGGCCAACGUGUACAGCAACGGCGAGUCGGAGCGUGUGAUUGCCAAAGCAUUGAAGACGUACGACAUUCCCCGGCGCAAGGUGCUCCUCUUCACCAAGCUCCACGGCACGGUCGCCGAGGACGUCGGGAUUCGCACCGUGUUCCACGGCGACGCGAUCAAGAAGAGCAAGGACUAUGUGAACCAGGGCGGCCUGUCGCGGGCCGCCAUCUUCCACCAGGUCGAGGCGUCGCUCAAGCGGCUGGAGACGGACUACAUCGACCUGCUGCAGAUCCACCGCUUCGACCCCAACACGCCCGGCGAGGAGACCAUGGAGGCGCUGCACGAUCUGGUGAAGAGCGGCAAAGUGCGGUACAUUGGCGCGUCGUCGAUGUGGACGUACCAGUUCGCGGGCCUGCAGCACAUUGCCGAGUUGCACGGCUGGACCAAGUUCGUGUCCAUGCAGAACCACUACUCGCUGCUGUACCGCGAGGAGGAGCGCGAGAUGAACCGGUACUGCACCGAGACGGGGGUCGGCCUGAUUCCCUGGGCGCCCCUGGCGCGCGGCCACUUGGCACGGCCUCUCGCGCAGUACGGCCAGACGACGCGGUCGAACGGCGAGGCGGCCACUCGGGACGGCCUGAGCGACGCCGAGAAAGCCAUUGUGACGCGCGUGCAGGAAAUUGCCGACAAGCGCGGGUGGACCAUGUCACAGGUGGCACUUGCGUGGAUCAACAAGCGCGUGUCGAGCCCCAUUGUGGGCCUGAGCAGCAUCGCACGGCUGGAGGAGGCCACGCAGCUGCAGGGCAAGGAGCUGAUCGAGGAGGAAGAAAAGUAUCUUGAGGAGCCCUACAAGCCGGUGGCCAUCCAGGGGCAUUCCUAG